AUGUCGACCGUCUACUCGCAGGCUUUCAACUUCAGUAGCUUUCUACAACAAGGCGUUGAUCCCCGUACGGGUCAAUUUACUGCCGCCAUUGCCCUCUAUGAGACCCCGACUAAGACGCGGAACUGUGUUCCUCUACAGCUCUCCAUCGCCUACAAUCCGAUGGUGACUCAAGAUAUCGGCUUGGGAAAAGGUUGGACGUUCAAUCUUUCCACCUACCAGCAAGGUACAAAUCACAACACAUUGCUUGUUUCAACGGGAGAGAAUUACCAAAUCAACGAGAAGUCCAGUUCGGUCUUGGUGAAGGACCAAAAAUUGAAAAGCUUUCGUUUCGAAAAGAAGACCGAAAACAACAUCGAUCAAUACCGGAUCUUUCACAAGUCGGGCGCUGUUGAAGUCUUGCGGAAGCUGAGGCACAAGGAUCAUGUCGCCGUCCCAUUCGAGCUGUACGCCCCCAAUGGCCGGAUGCUCAACCUGGAUUGGGCCCCAUCCGGCGAACAGGUACAGCUCUCGAAGAUCCAAGAUGGGUCGCAAGUGUUGCUGGAGAUAAGCUAUAACCCGGGCCAGGUCACCGUCACCCGCUCUCCAGGUACCGAGGAAAGCAGCACCAUCACUCUUCUCCGUAGAAACGGCCAACUGACGGAGGUCCAGCUGCCUCUGCAAGACAAUCCAAGCUGGAAACUCACAUAUGCCACCUUUGAAAAAGUGCUCUGCUUGACCAAGAUCAUUAAUCCGGCGGGAAUGGUGGAAGAGGUGACAUACCCAGACCAGGGGGGGCAUCAGCUACCCCGUGGUGCGCCCUAUACAGCCAUACCGUACGUCCUGUCACACACCAUGCGUCCAGGGAACGAACAGCCAUCCAUCACGGAAACGUAUAAAUACUCGCCUAAGAACUUCCUGGGCUACAGUGGCGGUUUUGACUGGCAGGACGGGGUGGAUAAUUUAUACAACACUACAGGAAACUACGAAUUUUGGACAAGUGUCAAGGUAGACACGGGGGCAUAUACGAAAUACACCUAUAAUCGGUUCCAUCUGCUGGUCAGCAGUCAACGAAAGCAGGGCACUAAGCAGCUCACACAGACAGUGACAUAUCACAUGAACGUCACUGGUGACUUCAGCAAGCAACCUGCUAAUUACCUGCUACCAAAGGUCGUUGAAACGAGAUAUGAAGAUACUGACACCAAAGCCUUUCGUACGGAGACAAGCCAGCAUAAGUUUGAUGACUGGGGGAAUCCUCUUCAAGAUAUUCAACCAAAUGGGGUGACGACGGAUCGCGUUUACUACCCACCGGAAGGUGAAGGUGGGCUUUGCCCGGCUGAUCCAUAUGGUUUCCAACGUUAUACGAAGACGGUGACCAUGACUCCCGCAGACAGUCCAUAUCGAACGCCAACUCGAAGUCGACACUACACCUAUGACCAGUGGCCCACUGCUACAUCCACAUAUGCCCAGUAUUUUGUGGCAGUGAGGAAGGAGCAAACCUUGGAAGAUGGCAAGGAGGUUUCCAGCACCGAGUAUAGCUAUCUCAACCAGACGGGCUCGAGGGAUCAUGGCCGCCGUCAGCAACAAACCGUUUAUCUGUCCGGCCAAUAUCCCAUGACAUACAGCUGGACCUAUCAAUAUCCCAAGAAUACGGACCAGUUUGCAGAGACCGUCCAGACAAAGACUUAUGACGGGUAUAGGAUUGAAGCUCAAACGGUGUUCUCGCUGUCGUCCGGGUUGACACUUUCCCAAACAGAUCCUUCUACUGGGGUGCAAGCCAACUUCCAGUAUGAUCCCAUCGGCCGGCUGUUGAAGAAGACAAUCUCAGGGGGGACACCGUACGAAUCAGUGCAGAGCUACGAGUAUAUCUUCAUGCCCCAAAACCGAACUGGAUACUGUGUCACAUCAAAAAAUCCAAAGGGAGUGGCAACCCGCCAGUUCACCGAUGGUCUCGAGAGGCUCUACCGCGUUGAAAAACAGGAUGAUGACGGCGAAUAUCCUGCCACUGGGACAUAUGAUGGAACUUUUCGGACAGUGGAAGCCCGCCAGUACAACGCUGUCGGCCAGUGCAUAGAGGUAACUACAACGGAUUGGUUAAGAGCGAUUGGAGAACAGCCCCAGCAACAACAGGUCACCAAGUCUAUGGAAUAUGAUGACUGGGGUCAGAUUUUCCGGGUGACUGGAAGCGAUGGGGUUGUCACGCUCACGCAAGGCGACCCGAUCGCCAUGACCCAUACGCAGGGCAUCGAGGGUGAGGCCCAAACGAGUACGCAAUUCAAUAUUCGCGGCAGCCCUGCGCAAACCUCCAUCUUGGCAAAGGACAAAAGCAUCUACAGCGAGGCUGACUAUCUCUACGAUGGGCUGGGCCGCCUUGCUGAGCAUAAGGAUCCCAUGGGGCAUACCAUGCAAUAUCAACUCGACUACUUUGACCGCGUUACUCGAACGAGCUGGCAGCAGGACGAACUUGUCAUGUCCACUGAGUAUGCGCCCCACAGUGCAUCUCCCUUGCCUAUCUCAACAAAGAUCGACGGUUCGACUGUGGUAGGCACGCAGGUGUACGAUGGGCUGGGGAGGGUAACCAAGCAAUCACUGGGCUCCCGAGUAACCACGAUCUCCUACCGGGGAAACAAACCGAAACCCGAGUACAUCAUCACUCCCAAGGGCGACAGGGAUGACCUGGUCUAUGAUCCUAAUCUUGGAUACGCCAUCACCGCCGAUCAAAGCGCCAGUCUAUCGAAUUCCUUCGCGUAUGACAAACGCACAAAAGAGAUCCUGCAGCUGGACGGUCCACAUAGCAAGGAGCAGCGCCAAUACUUGCCAUCUGGGAGAUUGUGGCAGCAGCAAUUUACCAUCGAGAAUAACACGUUCUCGGCAUUUUCUUCCUAUUCGAUGGCAGGCAAGUUACAACGCUACAUGGACGUUAACGGACAAUCGCAUGACCUCGCUUAUGAUGAGUACGGGCGACCAAAAGGGUUGACUCAGGGAAGGGUGAGAGUGACUUUCAAAUACGAUGAGGCUAGUCGCCUACGUGAAUCGCAAGCUCUGGAUACGGAAACGAACGAGUCCCUGACCACCCGCCUUGUGUAUGAUGAGUUUGGUCGAGAAACCGAACGAAGUGCGAGCAAUGGGUCGGAACUUGUCCACCAAAUCAGUCAGACGUACGGCAAGACAAACCUGGUCCUCUCCCGCCAGGUGAAAGAUGCCAGUGAGAGGGUUCUGCGAAAUGAAACUUAUCAGUAUGACAGCUAUGAUCGUCUGAUCGACUACCAGUGCCGAGGCAUACAGCCACCGGCAGACGAGCAGGGGAAUACCCUCCAAAGACAGCAAUUUACCUUUGACAAGCACGAUAACCUGGUCGAGAUCGUGACGACAUUCCAGGAUGGAUCGGAGAACACAACCUGUCAUUCGCACCGCUCCGAUGAGCCUACCCAACUGAUCCAGAUCACAAACACUCAUCCGAGUUAUCCGGCCCAGAUUGACCUUGAAUACGAUGCCAACGGAUGCUUGACCCGGGAUGAACAAGGCCGUCAGCUCAAGUACAAUUCCAAGAACCGUUUAACUGCCGUAUGUGAUGCAAUGGGACAGACAUUGAGUGAAUACUUCUACGAUGCUAGCGGCAAGCUCAUCCGCCAAAAUGUCCAAGGAAAAGACACAUAUCUGUUCUACCGAGGCGCCUAUCUGAUCGCCGUCCGGACGGCUGACAGUGGAGUCAGUUAUAUCUCCACGGGAGGCGUGCGCUGGGGCCAGAUUGUACACAGCAGUCAAGGAUCGCGGACUCAACUGUGCGCAUCCGAUACGCAGCAGUCGGUUCUAGCCUGGCUGGAUCCCAGGAAGCCCGGCGAAAUUCACCACCAAGAAUACACCCCGUAUGGCUUCGGCGCACUCACAACCAGCGCAAUUGGCUACACCGGCCAAUGGCGAGAUCCUGUGACCGGAUGGUACCACCUGGGGAAUGGGUACCGGGCCUAUAAUCCUAUUUUGAUGCGCUUUCACUCCCCAGACCACUGGAGCCCCUUCAAGACCGGGGAAGUCAACCCGUAUGCCUACUGCUUGGGCGAUCCCAUCAACCGGACCGAUCCAUCCGGGCAUUUCAGCAUCUUCGGUAUCCAUCUGAGCUGGCGAGAUGUUGCGCUAGUAGCGGUUGGGAUAGGGGUAGGCAUCCUUGUCGGCGUUGCGACGGGAGGGAUGGGCUUCGCCAUUGAAGCCGGUAUAGGUAUUGCAGCAGGGGUGGCUUCUGAUGUUGUGACCGGGGCAGCUUAUGACGCAGCCAGUGGCAAAUCUCCGACCUGGCAGAGUGUGGGUAGCGAUGCCCUCUUCGGAGCGGUUGGUGGCGCUCUGGGGGAAGUUGGUGGGAAGAUUCUGGGAUCGGGCCUGAAAGCUGCAACCAAGGGUCUUGGAAAGGUGUUCAGCCGCUCAGAAUCCACUGCUCUCGGCGAAGUAGAAAGUCGAGCCACGCGUACUAUGGGACCCCUAGCUGGCCCACCUAGAAAUGGACGGGCUCACUUUCCCCGGGACCCGGGACUUACAAACCAUACCGGGGAAUAUAUAUUCUUAGAUUCGGUUGACGGCGUGCAAGGUCAAGAAGGAUUUAUAACCCAUGGCGAUCAACAGGGGUUUCUAUACGGCCGUGGUCACGGUGCAUAUGCAAAUCAUAUUGUUCAACACGAAGCAGGCAUUGUCGCACGGAAUACUAUCCAGCAUGAAAUGGGGCUGGCGAGGCAGAGACUUGGCCUCACAGUGCAGCAAAUGAGGUCACUGCGGCGCGGGCAUCCCUUCUUCCUCUUCGCUUGCUAUGGAGCAGACUCCGGUGCUGGGCAGGCAGUCGCAAACAGGCUUGAGCGGCGUGUGGUUGCCUUUUCUGGUCCGUUGGAUUCUGGGGCACCCAAUAUCACAACUCUUGCUUCAUGGUUGGAGCAGCGAGGUGGUGUGCUUGGAACUUUUCCAAAUAAUCCCUGGGGGAUAUUCGAUCCUGUGAUCUCUAUGGAUACGUCUGUCCAAGUUGAUCCAGCAAUGGAAAUCGAUUAA